UGCCGUCUCUCUCUCCUCUACUCUGUCUGUUUGUUGCGCCUGCCUGCGUGUGGGGGGAGCCGAGCGCCCUUCUCUCUCCCUAUCCCCCUCCCUCUCGCUUCCCCUACCCCCAUUCUGCCAUUCCACAGCCCAAACCCACCGUCUUGCAGUGGGGGGAGGAGGAAGGGGAUAGCACCGCCGGCUGCCGCUUGCCGCAGGUGAGCGCCGGAGCCUGCACUGUUUCUUUCUUCUUGGUGCUGCCGAUGUGAUGAACUGCCAUUGCUGGGGUCGCUGGGAUCUGGGCCGGGCAGCUUGUUCCGCCGGUGCGGUUUGGUUGCCUAGUGCCGUUCGCCGAUCUUAGCGUGUGCGCCGGGAUCCGGGGGCCGGUUCUUGGUGUUCUUGGUGCGAAGGAGGGAUUGGGGAGCAGGCGUGAGGGGCCGAGUUUGGAUGGGUUUCGCCUGUUUCGCUGCGUUUCUUAGGAUCUAGGCCUUCUUGGUUCUUGCUCUCCGCGGUGGCAGCGGUGUGGCGCGAGGGUUUUGCAAUGUCGGUGGGAUUUGGGAGGUAGAUGAGAUCUCCAGCGGAUUUGUCCCUCGCAGGCGUUAGAUCUGUGCAAAGCGUGCGACUUCAAUUGCUGCAAAUUUUCAAUGGGUGUUUCAGGUUCUUCAGACGGUUCACCUUCUGCUGUGCUGGAGUGCUGAUGCAAGGCUUUCAAAAGUUCAACAAUCUCACUUGACGCAACACAAUCACUCUGAAGGUAUAGUUGGAUCGGUCAUUUCAGAACAUGGGUUCGCGGUUUCCAUCUCACCAGCUAAGCAAUGGCCUCUAUGUCUCGGGCCGACCUGAGCAACCCAAGGAGAAGGCCCCAGUCAUGUCCUCCGCAGCUAUGCCAUACACUGGUGGUGACUUAAAGAGAUCUGGAGAGCUUGGAAAGAUGUUUGAUCUCCAUAGGAAAUCUGGUCCUUUGGGUAAUCAACCUUCAAGGAAUACUUCAUUUGGUGGUGCUGCCUCCAACUCUGGACCAGUUUCUAAUGCCGCUGGUCGCUCGAACUACUCUGGUUCCAUUUCAUCGGCAGUUCCUGGCACUGGAGGAUCUUCAAGGACAAAAUCUAAUUCUGGAUCUCUCAAUAAGCAUGGAGAACCAACAAAGAGGUUGUCUGGCCCCCAAUUAGGUGGAGUAACCCCCAUGGCCCGCCAGAACUCUGGCCCUCUGCCUCCUGUUCUUCCUACAACUGGGCUAAUUACAUCAGGUCCAAUCACCUUGGGUCAGAUGAAUUCAUCCGGUGCUCAAAGGAAAGUAUCAGGCCCUCUUGAUCCUAGUGUAUCAAUGAAGAUGCGUACUGCCUCUUUUGCACACAACCCAGCUGUCACAAAUCUCAAUGCAGAAGAUGGUUACUCGAUUAAGGGCAGCAUUCCAACAGCAAUAAUGUGGUUGGUUGCGUUGCUUUUUGUGGUUGGGUUCGUGGCAGGUGGCUUCAUUCUUGCUGCUAUUCAUAAUCCAAUCUUGCUCAUAGUUGUUGUGGUGAUAUUUGGUUUUGUUGCUGCACUUAUCACCUGGAACAUCUGCUGGGGAACAAAAGGUGUGACUGGGUUUGUCAGUCGCUAUCCUGAUGCAGAUCUUAGAACUGCAAAAGACGGAGAGUAUGUGAAGGUUACUGGGGUUGUUACUUGUGGAAAUUUGCCCCUUGAAUCCUCAUUCCAACGGGUUCCGAGAUGUGUUUACACUUCCACUUGCUUGUAUGAGUAUAGGGGUUGGGAUUCAAAAGCUGCCAACACUACACAUCACCGAUUUACUUGGGGACUCAGGUCAAUGGAGCGACAUGCAGUGGAUUUCUACAUCUCUGAUUUUCAAUCUGGGCUGCGUGCACUGGUCAGAACAGGAUUUGGUGCACGUGUAACCCCAUAUGUUGAUGAGUCUGUUGUUAUCGACAUAAACCCAGACAACAAGGACAUGUCGCCUGAGUUCCUAAGGUGGCUGAGGGGAAGGAACCUCUCGAGUGAUGAUCGGAUCAUGCGCCUGAAAGAAGGUUACAUCAAGGAGGGCAGCACUGUUAGCGUGAUGGGUGUUGUCCAAAGGAACGAGAACGUGCUGAUGGUAGUUGCUCCUGCUGAACCCAUCUCCACUGGCUGCCAGUGGGCCAAGUGCAUGCUCCCAACCAGCCUCGACGGCCUGGUCCUGAGGUGUGAAGAUACAUCCGACAUGGAUGUGAUACCAGUCUAGGUAGGGAGCUUGGCUCUGCUGAUUCUCUGGUUUGGAGAAAGAGAGAAAAAAGAUGCCUUGACUUUUGUUUUGGUUUUCAGUGGGAUGUUAGGAUUGAAAGAAUGUGCAAAUGCAGGGUGUGAUUAUAUGGGCUAAGUAAGUACAAUUUCAGUGGAUGGUCAGUUACCUGGGGCUUGGUUGUAUAGUAUAUUAUAUGUAAUUUUCUCUUCUUUUUUUUUGGUUGAGCCAUGGGUGAUACUUGUAACAUGGAUGGCUUGAUGUCAGUACUACCUACCUACCAUGGAGCCUGUUUGGAGAUUCAGUGGUUUCUAGUUUAUAUUAUGUUUUUUUUUUCUUUUUGUUGUAGGGUUCCAGCAACAUCAUGAACCCUGCAAUUUCCAGUUUGUACCUAUGAUCUCCACAAAACAAAGUUCUCUUCACAUGGUAGGUAUAUUUGCAAUAUUAA